GAUAAUUAUAUUUCCCCCUCAUAAUUAUUUGACAAUUAUUAACAAAAUAAUCGAAUGACAACAGACGCCACAAAUGUGCACCACAAUCUACUAAUGUACGCACUUUCCUCUUCCUCUUUUCCACCAGCAAUACAAAACGUUUACCCCAUUACCACCCCACCCCACCCCCACUCCACCCCCUUUUUUCUCUAACAUGCACCAUCACCUCCUUUCUUCCUCCAUUACUAUGGCUCCUUCUUCUUCUUCUUCCAAACCCCUCAAAAAACCUUUAAAUUCUUCAAACCCUAAUUCAAAUUCCCCAAAUUGCCCCUCAUCAUCCACCACCACCCUCUGUAAUCACUCCCCUUCAGCUACCCUUGAUCUUCUCAUCUUCAUCCUUGUACUUUUCUCUGGUGCUUUCCUCAUCAUUUCUUACUUCUCUUACAUAUUCAAUUCCCUUUCUCUCCUUUUCCCUUACUCACCUUCCCUUUUACUCAACACCUUUUUAACCCAUUUUCAACAACUCGAUGUUUCUACCCACUACAUAUUCUACACAUUCUUUGUUCUUGUUUUCCUCUUUGUGUUGAUUUUCUUUGAGAUCUGUUGUGGGUUUGGGUUUAGAUCAAGGAAAUGUGGGAAAUCUGGGUGUAAAGGGUUGAGAAGGGCAAUGGAAUUUGACUUACAAUUACAAGGUGAAGAAUGCUUUUUGAGAUCUGGGGCUGGGGUGUGUGAGAGUAGUAAAGCUGUGAGAGAGAUUAAUGAGUUGCCUUGGAAAGGUGGGACUGAGAAUAAUCCAGAUUAUGAAUGUCUUCGUGCUGAGUUGAGAAAAAUGGCACCACCUAAUGGACGUGCUGUGCUGUUGUUUAGGUCUAAAUGUGGUUGUCCUGUUGCUAAACUUGAAGGUUGGGGUGCUAAACGAGGCCGUCGCCAUAAGAAGACUCUGGCACUUAAUGGUAAAGCUGAUAAUCGCUGAAUGUUAAUGAUUGCAUAUCGGGAUCUAGUUUGUUACCUUCUGAAUUUCAGAAGCAUGGGAAAUUGAUAUUGUUGUUUAGAACCAUUUUUAUUGAUCCCAUUGACUGAGCUUCGCCUCCUUGGAACUUACUUUAGAACAAUGCUCAAUGUGUACAAACUUAUAGACGGGACUUAUUUCUCAAUGCUCAAGAAGCACAUAUCAUAAAACAUGAAUAAAUUACAUAAUUAGCAGUCA